AUGAUGUGGUUCGUUUUGAAAUUAUUGUUAAUCAGUCAGAUUGUUUCUGCAAAUUUUCUAAUUCUUCCAAAUGAUGCCGAAGAUAUUCUUUGCGAACGUGCCGCCUGUUCUGAUAGUCAAAUGUGUGUUGUUGACAAAGUGAAAGGAAAAGCUGAAUGUGUUGAUCAAAAACAAUUGGAAACAUACGUCAAGAAAAAUGGAGUUCCAACCAAAACUCACAACGCUGACAAAAAUCGUAAGAUAUUUCUAGGAUUACUGUAUUUAGAUUAUUAUUUUUAUAUUUUUUUUUAGAAUGCACCCGUUCCGAAUUGCACCAAAUGGGUGGCCGUUUGUUGAAAUGGUUUGCUGAUGUUCAUCACGAAACUGCUGGAACUGAUCGUGUUCUCAAAUCGCAUACAAUUCAAUGUCGACAAGAAGUCGCGUGGAUGUUCCAACAAUGGGAUGGAAAUAAUAAUGGACAUUUGAGCAAGAGAGAAUUGAAACCAUUGGAAAGAGGAGAUAGUGAAAAAUGUGUUGAACAAUUUAUUGAUAUGUGCGGUGAGUUAAAGAAUUUGGUGACAAUUUUUGAAAUUCGAAAAUUUUUUGUGAUCAACUAUUGUACAUAUUUGGAUUAGUUUUUUUUUGAAUCUCAGAAUUCCAGAUUUUCAGCAAAAUUUGAAAGUUCUGAGAAACAAUUCAUUUUUGAUGCAUUCGGCACAAUUUUCAGAUAAAUAAUAUUAAUCUUUAAGAAGGGAGAUAUUUUUUCAAAAUAUUCGAAUUCUAUGUUUUUGUAGAUCAAAAAGUCUAUUUUCAAAAGUUGUCAAAACUUCUGGUGUCUCAGGUUAUUCCAGCCGAAUUCCCUUAGCUGAAAAAAUUUCCACGUGGCAUUUUUCUGUUUGAAUAAUAAGGUUUCAUAUGUUCAAUCAAUUUUCUUAAUUUUGAAAAAUGAAAUCUGGUCAGCUUUCUUGUCCCAGAUUCUAAAAUUCCUGAAUUUGUAGUUUUCCCAUUUUCUCGAUGUCUCAUUAAAAAUCUCCCCAAAAUUCUCUCUUCUAUCUUCUAGAUGACAUCAUCGUUGAUGGCAAAAUCUCAAUUGAUGAAUGGUGUGAUUGUUUCUCAUUCGCCGAUAAUUUGCGUCACGAACCACCAUGUCACAAAGCAAAACACGACAUCGAUCCACAUUUGUUGGGCGCAUUUUUGCCACGUUGCGAUUUGGAAGGAUUCUAUCAACCAGAACAAUGUCAUUCUGGACAAUGUUGGUGUGUUGACAAAUAUGGAAGAGAAUUCGAUCAAUCACGUGUUGAUAAACAACUUCCAGAUUGCGGACAAUACGGUAUCCAAAUACAAAAAAAACACACAUUUUCUGAAAUUCAUAUUUUCCAGCCUCCGAUUUGUCCGAAGAAGACUUGCAAGAUCUUCACGCUCGCUUCUAA